CUGGUAUCCUGUUACUUUCCAUUCUGCCCGUAAGCGCUUACUUUUUGCCAGAAGCAUAUAUUUAUACCUGACAAUACAACUCCGUUGGAGGGGCUUUAAAACUCUUUACAUUGCCUUGACAACAUAGCGCACCUCGUUGAAUCUAAUGAUUAAAAAAGUAUGGAAUAUAUCCAUACACGAAUUAGAUAGCAAUCUUUAUUCGCAACGUAAGGCGUGUUACGUUGACGCACACGCUCCAUUAAAUUCUCAGAUAUUUGAUAAACCAUGUAGCGAUCUUUUCUGUGCUGAAGAAAUUUGAGUCUUGCUUGUAAAACCUCUUCGUCGCAUUGGAAGGCGUCCAUGAACCAGCUACUAUAGUAGUGUACAGCGUAAGUUUGCGACCCUUCGGGAAGAGCAAUUCGAUCCAAAAUAUAAAACUUGGUCAAAGUUUCACUAACGACAUUUCUAGCUAUAAAAUUGUAUCAACAAAAGAGCAAUGGUUCUUGAUUGGUGAGCAAGGACGUCAUUGCAAGAGUUGACGACUCUGCAGACCAAGUGGGCGACACACAUAUACCACAAGAUCAAACACACGAUAUGAGGCUGGUUUAUAGCAUAAUACUGUUGCAAACUGAUCUUUGUUUUAUGCCGCAAUCUUUGUUCAACAUUACUCGAUUGUAAAACCAAGGCGAUGCCCGUAUAAUAAUGCUUACUAAAUUCUUAUUCAGUAAUGAUCUGGCUCCUGCAGUAGAAAGAUAUUAGAUGGUAUAAUACAAACAUAUAAAGAAUGUGUUUGGAUUUGCGGUGUUCUGGCGUCAGAAUUUAGUGUGGGCUUGUUGUCCACCCCAGUGAUUGCUACUGCUCCGUUCGGACAAACAGGCUGGCAAAUGUUACCACUCAUUUCCUGAGUACUUAUCGCUUGUACGUAAGACAGACCUUUACCAAGAUGUAUCAAAUGGUAGCUUGCAUGCUGCCGUUGACAGCUCCAGGCUUGGUGGCUUCCAAGCGGCGAUAAUGAGACAGGCUGUCUUCAGGUAUAAUUAGCUAAUGCAGCCAGACUCGGCUGCUGUUCCGUCUUCAUCUUAAAGUGAGUACGUCUUUGUUGGACCACCAUGUGAUGCAGAUAGAGCUCACAAUCUUGAAUGCGUAUCCGUUUAUUAAUGAAUCAAGCCUUAAGUUUUUGUACCUGGGAUGUGUGACCGAAUUUGAUCUAGAUGCCCAAAUCACUAGUACAUACAUCAUAUUCUCUUUGUAUCACAAGAAAUCCAUUCAUGAAACAAAUCGGUUCUCAACGGCGGCACAUUCGCCAUGAUUCCCAUUCAUAAAGCCACCUGUUGAUCAAGAAAAUCCACUGUCCGUCUUUAAAUGUCAAACAUGUCGACAAGGAGCCGGAGGUUGCCCAUUUUUCGUUCGUCGUCGAUCAUAGUUCGCAUCAGCUUUCAUUGUCGUCUGUCUGUCAGGCUCAUUGAAUAAUACUCACUUUAGAACUUCCAACACUCAGUUCGACCAACGAGACAGUAGCAACACAAGGUACGACCUUCUACCUUAUAAAAUUAAACACACUAUGCCGUACGAAAGCUUUGUGCCCCAGCAUCAGGUAAUGAUCACUGAGGUUGUGCAUGACGCAAGUACCUACGCGUGGAUGUACGUACUACACGUACAACGCGGCAACACGAGCACCUACUCAUCGCCGCGAGGUCUUAUAGAGGAAGGUUUCAGUCAUGAGUAUGUCAUUCGUCGGCGCUUUAGCGAAUUCAAG